AUGGUAUCGCCUAGCUGGACAGAGACUACAUUCCAAAUUGAAUCAAGGCUAUAUAUGCCAGCUGUGACCAACGCUGAUUCUCGUAUUAGCACUUCACAACCAUUGGUCAUCGAAACGACAUCGCCCUCGAUGUCGCCAGGGGUUCUGAGCCAAGUUGUACCUUCAGUCACAACUAACACAUUCCAGACGUCAAGUGUUCCUGUCGGCACCACGCUUCCCAGCGUCUUAGAGAACAACAUCUUGUCUCCAGUAUCCACUGCAACAACGGCUGCGACUGGCGUUUUCAGCCACACUGAAACAUCGAAUAAUUUCACCCACCUGUCUACAGAAAACGGUACCUCUACCGCACUGACAGUCCCUGAGGGCAAUACAACGAUUCCAAACACUUAUACGACCAGCGUUCCUUCAGAAUUUCCACGUGUACCGGAGAUACCCCAUGCGUCUCACAACACUAACAAAACUGCCAUUGGGACUGUGGUACAAUACACCUGUGAUGAGGGCUAUACGCUGGUCAGUACGCCAACUUCCGGUGGCACUGAGUGCCUGAAAGACGGGACGUGGAGCAACUCCGACGUCCAGUGUGAACUGAUAGUUUGUACAAUUCCAAGAGAUGUUACCGAGAUUACUAUUGUCAGCAAACCCGAAAUUAUUCUGUACAAUAAAUGGGUGGUAUAUUACUGCUUAAACGGCUCCGUUUUCCCCGAUGGUGACGUUAGACGACGCGUCCGUUGUGUUUCCAAGACAAGGUGGAUCCCAGACUUUAUUGGCUGCAGCAACACCAGUUUAAGUCUUCCUGACUCAUCCCGUCGUCUUGGAAACCCCCGCAUGGAGGCGCCACUGGCUGGAUUCAUAGGAACCUUUGGGUUAGCAAUAAUUGGCACCAUUAUUGCUUUUAUCGUUGCGACUGAUAUUGCCACAAUAAAACAGCAUCUGAGACUCAUGAGAAAAAAUCUUGGAAUUAAACGACCGACUAUCAAUUAUAAGACAUCACACAAAAAAGAAAAGUUCAACCAAAUGAAGGGACUUGGCAAAGCAUACAUGUACAUGUAAUUUAGUUUUUAGGGAACGAUGGCUGGGUCCAAAUGAUCCACAGGGAUAGUUUCACGGACAGCGAUAUAAGCUUUCUCGGACAGUUACAUAAAAAACACCAUAUUUCAUAGCUUAAUCAAGAGCAUACAUGAUAUGAAUAAAAUACACUGCAUACAUUGCAUUUGCAACAGCAAGACAAAAUAGAAAUUCCUCCGAUAACACAAAUGCUAGAUGGAAAAAGAAACAGAAUACGCACAAACUGAAUUGAAUAAAAAAAAAUGCCAUUGAUUUUCGUUGCGUGCAUAACAAAAACAGUUGAGGUAAAUAUUUGACAACAAUUCAAGGCACUAAGUCUAUGUUAGAGUAUUUUGUGUAUUUUAAAGAGAUCAAUGUUUUUAUCUUUUAUUGGAGAGCACAUUUAGUUAAUAUAAUUAGUGAGAUAGAAGAUUGGAAAGAGUUUUGUUUAAGUUAUAGAUGAAGUCAAAUUUUUGCAACGAAGCCCGACCAAAUGCCUGUGUUUAGUUUAGCAUAUGUAUCUUUAACAUGUAUGAAUUCCAUUGUUAAGCAAAAACUUUGUUUUCUACUCAAAUUGCUUCUUUUAAGGCAUUACACGUUUGUGA